GUGAUACCGUUUUGGUUAGGGUAAAAAAUCCGUCGUCGAGGCUUCCUACCCCGAGUCAAAUAACAAAGGCAAAACUGUUUCGUUCAAUUGUACAAUAAUAAAUUGUUCGAAAAACAAAGAGACUGGUUGUAAUUACUCUCGUCGGCUGAAUAAGAAAAGGGUGGAGUCUGUUACUGGAUUGGAGAUUUCUAAAUGGUGAAAACAGCACCGCUCCUGCCCCUUCCACCGGUCUUUCGCGAGCACUAUCAAGAUGAGCAUGCGCACACGUGCCUUGGUCUUCUCCACCUUCUUCGGCAGCUGCCUGGCCAUCGGCCUCCUGCUGGUCAGCAUGACCACUAACCACUGGGUUCGCGCCGAUCCGCGCCGCAAAAACUCGACUGAGGCCAAGGGCGAGGUCAACUUCGGGCUCUUCUACGGCAGCCAGCACCUGAAUAUCGGAUAUGGCGUGCGCCCCUAUCCAAUUGACGUUUACACAUUUGUCCGCACAGAGAACGGCGACUCCAGCUUCUGGCUUUGGCUCCUCACCACCUUGGGCACCGGUUUCGGCCUCCUGGCUUGCGCAAUAGCCGCCAUCGCCGCAGUCCUGAAGUCCGCCUCUGCGGCCAAGAGGGGCGGCACGAUGGUGCUGCUCCUGGCCGCCAAUAUAUCCGCUGCGGGGGCCCAAGUAGUAGCAUUUUUGGCCUGGUUGAUGCAGUUCUACAACUACUUCAGCCUCAACGUCCUUCUGGCCGAGCAACAGCAGCAGCACUGGUACAGCACGGGGCUGGCCUACCUUGGCUACAGCUUCUACUUGGUCGUGAUCUCCACCAUAGUGGUACUACUGAACAUCGCUGUUUUGCUGUACGCCAAGCGCCGCGACCUCCGCGACCGCCGACGCCUGGAGCCGCCAAGUGAGGACAAAAACAAGGCCGCCAUAAUGCUGUACUAGAAGGGAGAGGAGACGAAAUCCCAAAUGAACCUCAACGCAUCUGCUCGGAAAGCGGACGAGCAGCGACAACAAUAAAUCUCAGUGGCUCAAAUGAUUGUGCCUUACUUAAGGAUGCCUUUUGCUUGCCAACAAUAAGGCCCAAUUAUAUACUCACUUAAAUUGAUGGUACAUUCGCUUAGAUUAGAAAAUGUUUGACUGAAGCCGAACUUUUAGCGGAAAAAGAAAACUACACUGCCCGCACCUACCAAUAUUUAUAUAACUUUUACAUAUACAUAUACUCGAAUGACAUUUUUCUAUACAUUGUAUUUACUGCCACCGGCAGCCAAGUAUUUUUAUGUGCAUAUUUACAAAUACAACAACAGUCAUUGUUAAAAAAUA